GAGCUGGGCUGGGAAGAGCUGGAGAAGAUGCUCUUCCUCUUCGCCAAAGAGCCCGUCACCAUCAGCCUGACGGCGAUGUACCUGGUGUCCUUCGUGGUGGGCUUCGUGGGCAACAUCAUGUCCAUCAGGGUGCUGACUCGGAAGCGCCGGAGUCGGGUGUCCAGCCUGAGUGCCACCCGCAGCCUCCUCAUCAACCUGGCGGUGUGCGACCUCAUGGUGGUGUGUGUCUGCAUGCCCAUCACCGUGGGCAACCUCAUCUACAAAGCUUGGGUGUACGGGGACUUCCUCUGCCGGGCAGUGCCCUUCAUCCAGGCUGUUUCUGUCUCUGCCAGCGUCCUCAGCCUCACCGUCAUCAGCGUGAACCGGUACUACAGCGUGCACAACCCGCUCAACGCCCGCUCUUUCUUCACCCAGAAGAGGAUCCUCAGCACCAUCCUGGUGGUGUGGUUGCUGUCCUCAGGGAUAUGCAUGCCCCUCAUCUUCAUGAACAAACGGGAUGAGUUUGGGGUGGGGGAGGGCUUGCCUCUGGUGUUUUCCAUCUGCAGGGAGAUUUGGCCCCAGGAGAGACUCAAGCAAGCCUACAACUUUCUGCUCUUCUGUGCUCUCUACUGCCUGCCAGUCCUCUUCAACAUGGUCAUCUGCUUCCUCACCGUGCGCCGGCUGUGGAGCCGCAGCAGCCAGCUGCAGGAGAGCACUGCCCUGAACAGAUCUCUGCCGGCCUCCAGGCUGAAGAUCCGCAAGAAGGUAGCGCAGAUGGUGGUGGCCCUGGUCCUGCUCUUCGCAAUCUCCUGGCUGCCCGUCUACCUGAUGGACAUCUGGAUCGAUUUCAACAUCCCCGAGUCUUUGCAGGGUGUGACUCCUUCUCCUUGGAUCCUGCAGCUCAGACCUUUUGCCCAGUGGCUUGGCCUCACCAAUUCCAGCCUCAACCCUAUAUGCUAUUGCUUUGUCGGGAACCUCUACAGGUCAGCCAAGGAAAUGAAGAGCAAAUACCACCAAAGAAUGGUCUCUCUCUUUAACUUCUCCCUGUCCGAAGGGACAACCCGUUCCUCAGUCCCAGAGCUGCUCUCCUACCGGAGUUCAACACAGCCUUCAAAGAAAGGACCCUCCUCCACCCCUGUCACGGGCAGGAGAUGUCAGGGAGGCCAUGGCCAUAUGAACAAGUGUGGACGCUUGAACUCCUGCCAGCAUCCACCUCUGAACACUGUCUCCAGCGAGAACACUUCCUUGUAAUUCCGCUCAGGAAGUGCACCUCAUGCCCUCAUCUGCAUUUAAUGACUCUUUAGAGGUCUUUCUCAACCAGAUAUUUUAAUGAUGGAAAAAAAACAACCCCAACUUUCUUCUAAUCACUCCCACCACCAGUUCAAAAACACAGAGAGGGGGAAAGAAGCAAACAACAAGAGAAAAACCGAUGACGUCUUUGAACUCAGAUCAAGUUUUAAGACAGGUGAUUUUUUCCUGGGGACAAGCAGAGGUGUAACCUGUUGCCCAAUCAGCAGCCACAGAAUUAGAUGGAUCAACUUCCCAAGGAGUGAGCUCUCCCUGCACCUCCAUCCCUGGAUGCAGGGAUGCUGCUGGGAUACAGCAAGGAUUUGACUGCUUCCUGCUGCUCACCCUGUGCUGAUAAAGAGCAGCGAGAAGCAGCACCCUCUGCUCCCAACCCGUCGGUUGUAGUAGCAAACAGAGAAGAAAUGCUCGAAACAGCACCAUAAAAAGCAAUCGUAGUGGAGAAUUUCACACACUUUACCACUUGAGAUUUCGUUGUCUGAGCGGAUUGUUGCACUCCUCCACGCAAAUAAAUUCUUCUGGCGCUGUCUCUUCGCAUCGGGAGUACUAGAGCAACCAUCACUGCUCCACGUUUGGGGAUUCAGAAGGGAUAAUGCGGCCUCGGAGGUGAUUUAGGAAACGCAGAUUGGAAAAUAUUCCUUGGGCAUCAGCUCUUUUUCUUACAGCUAUGUUCCUGCGGGUGGAGUGGAAAGAACCAGGCAUCUAUUAACAUGAUUUGCACUUGAAAAACCAGCCCUUGUUCAGCUGUGCCUGUACCAAACAAAGUCGAUGGCAUGUGAAAAUAAAAAUAGAAAAUGGUUUAUAGCUAAUAAAAUCAGAAUCAACUAAUGCAAUGCUAUUUGUCUGGGAAGGAGAGAAUCAAAGUGCUUGCUUCUCCCGAGGAUCAGAAGUAGGUUAAAACCUAUUUCUUCCAUCAUCUCCUUUAAAGGAGGCUUUGAUAAAUAAAUGCUAUCUUUUUAUUAUGUUAGCAUCGAAAGGCCCCACUAAAGCUUCAGGAUUGUGUUGGGCUGAGCGCUGGAUCUGUAUCCCUAAAGAAGGGAAACCUUUCUCCCAAAGGUUGAAGAGAAAACACAUGGGACCAGGCAACAGGUGGGAGAAAGAAAAAUACGACAAAGACCCAAAAGGCUGGAAUGAAACUCGAGCUCAGCCCUUGCCCUGUGCCAGGCAUGAGGGGAGGCACAUCACCUCCCCGUGCCAGAGGAGCCCAUGCCC